CAUUCUAUUUCCUUAUAUCCGACUUUGUGUUUUUUGAUUGUAUAAAAUAAGAGUAAAGUAUAGAAAAUAUAAUUUUUGAAUAACAUACUUGGAAUUUCAAAAUCAAAACUAUGAAGCGAGAACAAACGAUUGUUCCGUUAUUGUAUUUAAUCACCUUCCUUCCAGCAUUAGCUGCAAACAUUCAACCCAUUGAUGUACCUAGUCCAUCUUCUCAAAAUGGCGACAGUGCAAGAAUUGUAGCAACGUCUUUGGACCACCCACCUGUUUGGAUAGACCCAAUUGCUUCUGAUACGUUUUCUCAGUCACAAACUCCAUUUUUCAACUGGGAAUCUCUUAUGUCGUCAAGUAAUAUGAACAAUUUUCCACAGACUGGGGGAGAUAUUCCUACAUUUCAGCUCGGCGAAGGUAUACCAAUGGACAGUGUUCAGGUUAUAGAGAAUGUUGGACAGAUCACACAGGAUAUAAGUGCAGCUGUUCAAACGGAUACUAAAAUCGCUCAACAAAAAGAUUCACAAGCUUCCUUAACACAUUUGUCCACUAUGAAUAAUGUAAAUACACCUUUACAAGAAAUCUUGCAUCAUCCAAACCCCGCAAGUUCUGUUGGAAUUUUGGAUCAGGAUGCAACAAGUUUAAAGAAUAACAUUGGUGUGGAUCCUAGAUUAAUGUCUCCAGAUAAUCCAGCAGUAGAUAAUCCUAAUCUGCUUUCACCAGAUAAUCCUACUCAUGCUGAUCUGAUCGAUUUUAUGAUUGCAAAAGAUAUGGCACAGGGAACAGAAACUGUUAUACAUCAAAAACCAACUGAAAUCAAUCCAUUCGGAGUGAAUCAAGAACAUGAAAAUAUAUUCCCAAAAGCUCCUUCACAUGAUGUCCUACCUCGCAUCGAAACAAGCCCUAGUCGUUCGUCAGCUGCUGAUAUCUCAACUCCAAUUCGACAUCAAAAUAUAAACACAAAGAAACAGCAACGCAAAGCAGAGAAUAAAGAAAGGAGAAAAAUGCAACAGCAGCAACGACAAGCAAGGAACAAAGAAAGGAGACAAAUGCAGCAGCAGCAACGAAGAACAAAACAGGUACAACGUCAACAGAUGCGACAAAUACAACAGCAAGAAAGACAACAACUUCGCAAACAACAAAGGGAAGAGAGAAAUAAAAAAAUAUUUGCUCAAAAAUUAGCAUUACGACAACAAAAACAAAAAGCGAGAAUACAACAGAAAAUAGAACAACAAAUAAAGAAACUGGAAAAUUUAGAAAAGGUUGGCCUUAAUCAACAGACAGCUGUCGUUGAUAAACAAGCUUUUCGUGUAAACAAUAAAAUCAAAAAACUUAAGUCACGUAGAGUCCCGAAAGGGAAAAAAGGGAAAUUUAGAAGAGGAAAAUGGGCAAAAGGUGCCAUUAAAAAGAAAUCAAAAGGGAAGCCAAAAAAAUGAAACAAGUGUAUGAAAUAAACGUUUUAGCAUAACAUUAGAUACUAUUGAAUAAAAUAUGAACUUGUCUUGAAAUCCAAUGUAAAACUUAUUCGUUUUGAUUAGUUGAUAAAAAUGAAUUGUAUAUAAACUUAUAACAAAUUGUUUAAACAAAAUUUUCAGUUUGUUUAACCAUUUUUUAAAUUAUUUAUUUAUGAGUUUUCCAUACAUGUGUAUUGCUGUUAUUGCCCAUUAAUAAAUUAUUUGAAUAUCCAA